GCCAGGCUGUAUUGACUGAGCAUGCGCACGAGCUACCUCGUUUCUUCCCGUUUGAAGAAAGGAUGGUCGUCGAAGCCCGCCGCGCUGUUGUCACUUAUUACAUAUAAAGUGACCAGGAAAAGACGCUCAAGGUUGACGAAAAUAUUUGAUGGAAGAUUCUGUAGGCCUUCAUCCCUCACAAGACCCUAAUACUGGAAUGCUGGAAUCAGAGUCCCCUGCUAUGGCAAGCAACGGCGAAGCUUACCCCCCUGUUCUGAGCCAAGCUGCUGACUGGACUGUGGGGCAUGUUGCCCCGGAUGCACUUGCUAGCAUCGCACCACCUGAGGAUGUGGCGGCAGGAGCACCACCACCACCGCCCCCUCCUCCACCACCUCCUCCUCCUCAGGAGAUUGGAUCCGUGGAGAAGGGUGUGGAGCAGUUUCAGAUUACCAGCACUCCGGUCUACCACGAGGAGCAGCCGCCACCUCCGCCUCUGCCGCCGCAACCCCCAGAACACGGCGACCAGCUCCCAGAACACAACACAGAGUCCAUGGAGACUCAGCAGCAAAGCCAGGAAGUGGCUAAUCAAGGUGGCGCUGAGGCAAUGCAAGCCACUGAGGAUGGCAUGGAGCUGGAAGAAGCCCCCAAAGAUGCAAGCCAAGACCCCGCUGUCCCUGCUAUGCUCGCUGCUCCUGUAGAACCAGAACUCCCCAGUGAGUUUGAAAGGCUCCUCAAAGGAUGCGAAGACAGCCCGGAAGACUUCAAUGCUUGGGUCUACCUGCUGCAAUAUGUAGAGCAAGAGAAUAUACUGGAAGCUGUGAGAAAGUCAUUUGAUGUCUUCCUGCUGCGCUAUCCAUACUGUUACGGCUACUGGAAGAAGUACGCUGACAUAGAGAAAAAACAUGGCAAUAUACAUGUGGCUGAAGAGGUGUACAGGCGAGGCUUGCAGGCCAUCCCGCUCAGUGUGGACCUGUGGCUGCACUACAUGACCUACAUCAAGGAAAACUCUGAUACAACCGACCCGGAGACAGAGGGACGAAUUAGAGCGGCCUACGAACACGCUGUGCUCGCCGCCGGAACAGACUUUCGGUCCGAUCGUCUCUGGGAGUCCUUCAUCACCUGGGAGACGGAACAGGGAAAACUUGGCAACGUCACGGCCAUCUAUGAUCGCAUCCUGGCCAUCCCGACACAGCUCUACUCGCAGCACUUGCAAAAGUUCAAAGAUCACAUACAGACCAACCACCCCAAACACUUCCUGUCCGAGGAGGAGUUCGUCCAGCUGAGGCUGGAGCUCUCCAAAGCCAACCUAGCAUCCAUGGUGAGAGAGGAUGGAGAAACACCCGCCCCCCAGGAGGAGCUACCGCCUGGCACAGAGGACCUUGCCGACCCCGCCAAGAGAGUGACAGAGAUCGAGAACAUGCGUCACAAGGUGAUCGAGGCUCGGCAAGAAGUGUUCAACCACAACGAACACGAAGUCAGCAAGCGCUGGGCUUUUGAGGAAGGGAUUAAGAGGCCAUACUUCCACGUCAAAGCCCUGGAGAAGACCCAGCUGAACAACUGGAGGGAGUACCUGGACUUUGAGAUGGAGAAUGGCACCCCGGAGCGCGUGGUGGUUCUCUUUGAACGAUGCCUCAUCGCUUGUGCUCUCUAUGAAGAGUUCUGGAUCAAGUAUGCCAAAUAUCUAGAGAACUACAGCACCGAUGGCGUGAGACACGUCUACAGGAAAGCGUGCAGCGUCCACCUGCCAAGGAAGCCUGUCAUCCACCUGCUGUGGGCUGCCUUUGAGGAGCAGCAGGGCAACGUGGAGGAGGCUAGGAACAUCCUAAAGUCCCUGGAGGCGGUGAUUCCCAGCCUGGCCAUGGUGCGUCUACGGCGGGUCAGCCUGGAGCGUCGGCGUGGCAACCUGGAGGAAGCGGAGGAGCUCCUGAAAGAGGCCAUGGAGUCAUCGAAGACCGCCACAGAGACGUCGUUCUACGCAAUGAAGUUGGCCAGGAUGUUUGUCAAAGUGCAGAAGAGCCUGAGCAAGGCCAAGAAGGUGCUGCUGGAUGCCAUUGAGCGAGACCAGACGAGUCCAAGACUGUACCUCAACCUGCUGGAGCUGGAGUACAGCGGGGACGUGACGCAGAAUGAGCCCGACAUCUUGGCGUGCUUCGACAGAGCCCUGAAGAGCCCCAUGGAGCUGGAAUCGCGUCUCCUCUUCGCCCAGCGCAAAGUGGAGUUCCUGGAAGACUUUGGCAGCGACAUCAACGCGCUGGUGGCCGCAUACAACGAACACCAGAACCUCCAGAAAGAAGUGGAGGCGUUAAAAACAAAGGCGGAGAACGGCUAUGACAGCUCUCAGGAACCAGACGCCAAGCGUCAGCGCAUGGAUGAUGACGAAGCUGCGGCGGCGGCCGCCGCUGCUGCAGCAACAGACAUGACAGGCACCAACUCUGCUUACAAUUACAACUGGUACCAGCAACAGUAUGGUGCUUGGGGCCAAAACUCCUGGAGUCAGUACAACCAGUAUGCCCAGUAUAACCAGUACUACCCUCCCCCUCCUACAUGAUGGACGCGACCCGACCUCCAAUGGAGACUGAGCAAAGCGUGCCUCGGUGACCUCAUUGGAGAGACGUGUGUGUCUAGCUAUUCAAAUUUAAAACAAAUGCUGAUGUCAAGUUUUGUCCUCUGCUUUGAAUUGAGAUAAUUAUAUCAAAACAUCGUAGCCCCUUUUUUGGGAUGACAUGCAUGUUUGUAAAAUAAAGCUUACUUGUUCCUGCGUAUGCUCAGCUUCACGACCGGAAGGCUUAGCUUUUCCAUUGUCCUGGUGGUUCUCGUUCAAUUUGAAGAAUUUGUAAUAGCUCACGAUUGUUUCAAUGAAGCCCAGAAUGAAGAGUUCCCGUUUUAUCUUUUCUGACUUGAUUUCAUAAUAAAGAGAAUGAUAUCCUCA